UACAGUCUAGAGGGGAAGACAGACAUUAAUAUAAAUUAAUGAAGUUACAGAUAGGUACAUGAGUGCAAUUGGGCUGAGGGAGGUUUGGAUAAAGGAUGCAAAUCUGUCUGUCCAUCUUCCUAAAGUUGAAAAGGAUGAAAAGGUAGGCUUCAGCCCCACUGCCAUCCUAAUUCAGGGGUUGGGACUUCACUCCCACAGUGGGAGGGGGCGUGGGGGAGUUGGGAAGUCAAGGUAUUUAUUGAAUGCCUACUAUGUGCAGAGUAUGGCACUAAGCACUUGGGAGAGUACAAUAGAUUGGGUAGCCAUGAUUUCUGCCCCCAGUGACGGGCCACCUGUAGUCCCAGAGAUACAGUGACUUGUAGACUCGAGGCCACCUGGCCCCAGACUCCUGCCCUCUGCCUGAAGAUGCUGCUGCAAACUGACGGUGCCAGCUUCCAUUUGCCUGUUUUCAGGUCUGGCUUACCCUCUGGCGUUAUCCCAAGCCGUCGCUGCGUAUCAAGGCUGCCACUUUAUCGGAAUGCCUGAAUGUGAGGUCCUCUUAGCCCAGUUUGUGGUGUACCUUGCCCGAGCCCCCAAGUCCAUUGAGGUGUAUGGGGCCUACAGCAAUGUCAAAGCCUGCCUGAGGAACCACCACGGGCCCUUUCCCCCGGUCCCACUGCACCUGAGGAACGCGCCCACCCAGCUCAUGAAGGACCUGGGCUACGGCCAAGACUACAAGUACAACCCAAGGUAUAAGGAACCCGUGGACCAGGACUACCUGCCCGCAGAAUUGAGAGGGUUGGAUUUCUUUAAGGAGAAACAGCCGUGAAGCAUCUCUGUCAGCGGGGCAGGAAGGAGGGGACCCGUGUUCUUUUUUCCUAAGGAACCAGGAGAGGAUCUGAGUAGAAAAUACCCAGCUACCUUCAAGGUGAUGACGACUUCUAUUUACAGGCCUAUUUCCAGGCCUCUGUUGGACUUUUGUUGGUUGGCUGCAGCUAAAACACCAAUCAUCAGGUCUGUAAGAGUUUGAAAAAUCUAAGGUCAGUGGCUUGGGAAAGCUGAAAAUUCUAUAUAUUUGCACUGUAACUCAAUGUAAUAGCUUAGGAAACACAAACGACAGCAGUGUGCAAUAGAUGGAAGUAUUCUAAGUAAUUUGUGAGUCUAUUGAAGUGUUAUGGCCCAGUUUCAAUUUGAUUUCAAUUGAGUAGGACUGCUUCUGUUAAAAACCAUCCUGUACAGUUUGUUGUGUAGAUGCAAAUAAGCAAUUGAAUACUACGUAAGAUUGAACAAAAUGUUUGCUUUGAUAAGAAAAAAAUUUUAUGAUUCAAUAAAGUUGUUUACAAGCA